AGUGGCCACCGCUGGCACCCGUUCAUAAGUGUCACUUAGGGAGGGGAGGCAGAACAAAACUGUAAGCUGCUGGGGAUCCAUCUUGCCCGAAAAAGAAACGAGGGUGAAUGAUUUUUGGGUCUUAAAGUCUUCAAAACUGUGUGGUCCCCCGUCGUGUGAGCUGGGGAGCUCGAGUAAGGGCUGUGCCGCUGUUUAUAGGAUGUCCCGACAUGAGGGUGUGAGCUGUGAUGCAUGUUUGAAGGGCAACUUCAGAGGACGACGGUUUAAGUGCUUAAUUUGCUACGACUACGAUCUGUGCGCAUCGUGCUACGAGAGCGGCGCCACAACAACACGGCACACCACAGAACACCCCAUGCAGUGUAUAUUAACUAGAGUAGACUAUGACUUGUAUUAUGGAGGAGACACUUUCUCGGUAGAGCAACCCCAGUCGUUCACAUGUCCUUACUGUGGCAAAAUGGGUUUCACAGAGACAUCCCUACAGGAGCAUGUCACCUCUGAGCAUGCAGAGACCUCCACAGAGGUGAUCUGUCCAAUAUGUGCUGCUCUGCCAGGAGGAGACCCCAACCAUGUCACAGAUGACUUCACGGCUCACCUUACCCUCGAACACAGAGCGCCAAGAGAUUUAGAUGAAUCCAGCAGCGUGCGGCAUGUACGCAGGAUGUUCCACCCCGGAAGAGGUCUGGGAGGCCCCAGAGCACGGCGGACCAAUAUGCACUUUACUAGCGGCUCCACAGGAGGACUUUCAUCCUCCUCAUCACAGAGCUCCACAUACACCCCCAGUAACAGGGAAGCAAUGGACCCCAUCGCAGAGUUGUUGUCUCAGCUGUCAGGUGUGCGACGUGCAGCCGGCGGUCAAAUAAACUCCUCGGGCCCUUCGGCCUCCCAGCUUCAGCAGCUUCAGAUGCAGCUGCAGCUGGAACGGCAGCAGGCGCAGGCGGCACGGCAGCAGGUGGAGAGUGGCAGGCACGCAGCCCGGCGCGGCAACAAUCCAAGCAACAGUGGCACCGCCAUCCCUCCACCCAGCACGGCAACCGUCACCACAACCAAUGUGGGGGAAAUGAAUCCCCCAUCCUCCUCCCACAGCUCCCAGUUCCUAUUAUCACGAUUGAACGAACCGAAGAUGUCUGAAGCAGAGCGGCAGCUUCUAGAAGGAGAGCGGGCCGACCACAGCCUGUUUGUCCAGGAGCUGCUUUUGUCCACCCUGAUGCGAGAAGAAAGCUCCUCCUCGGACGAAGAGGAGCGCCGAGACUUCGCCGACUUCGGAGCCAUGGGCUGCGUGGAUAUCAUGCCUUUAGAUGUGGCGCUGGAGAACCUGCAGCUCCGGGAGAGCAGCUCUUCGGGGAAGGAGCCUCCGCCGCCUCCUCUUUGAUGUCCGAGCAUCGAGCAGACUGUGUCCUCUGUGCUGCAACUGCCAGUGACAGACAGCAGCAGCAGCAGCAGUGAACCUCCCUGGCCUUGUCCUCCUUUCUCCUUGCUUUCUUUCAGAGUUUUUGGGUGAUUGUAAUUUCAGGCCUGUCACCACAUUUGUUACAUUGUAAGCAAAAAAAAAAGAAAAAAUCAAAUCAAAUGUGAGCAAGUACGAUAAAAAUGUGAGAGUGAAUGAGCAAACGAGACAACAGAAAUAUAUAAAUAUAUAUAUAUAUAUAUAUAAAUCUAUAUGAAGCUGAUAAUCAAUUCACCUACCGUUCCUUGAUCAGGUAAAUGUUACAGGCAGCUGUGGCAGACAUUCGCUUCCCGUGGCAUCCAAACGGCUCUCCAUAUAAAUACUCAUACACAUUUAAAGGUUAAGAGGGCGCGGGCCCCUCUGAUGAAGCUGCUGUGUUCAUGAUUAAGAAAUAAAAAUUGCUUGGUUGGGUUACCAUAACUACUGCAUGCAGUUAUUUGCAGCGUGCAUGACCUUUGAUGACCCCCGUCAUUAAAUCUAUAUCUAACCCCCCCCCCCCCCCCCCAUUUUUUUUUUCUUUUUUUUUAAACGUUUUUUCUGUUUAAUCUACUUCCAGAUCUAGUUUGUCUUAUUUUGAAAACAGUUUGAUUUUGUGUUCUGGACUUGCAGUGCUCCACAGCGCCCCCCUUACAGAUGAUUGCAGAACUGCGGCUUCAAAAAAAAAAAAAACCCAAAGAAAAUAAUAUAGUUUGCUCUCUAGAUGUCUUAGGUCUAAGUUGUUUAAACACGGUUUACGUUUUAAUUUAUAGCUGACUCGGUGUGGUGCAUCUGUGCACUUGUGUCGGAUCACAUGCUUUUUCAUGGCUUGUUUGAAUCAAUUUGCUGGACAUAAAAAAAGCUUGAGACUUUCCUCGCUGCAGUUUUGACAUUAUUUUUCUUUUCUCUGCUAAAGCUAGCACUUUCUAUUUAUUUGUUUGUGUUUAUUUUCCAAAUUCAACACCUUCAUGCCUUCACCUUUACCUUCUGUACAAAAAGAUGUAUAUUUGUUCAUUAACUUUCAUUAUGAUAAUAUAUGGGCAGACUUUUUUUUAAUGUAAACUUAGAAUAUAAUAAAUAUCAACUGCACACAACUUCUAAGUGAAUUUAAGAGAUGCUCACACCUUUCUAACAGUUUAUCAUUUUUAUGAUAAAAAAUGUAACAGUGGCAUAAAUGAAUUUGGCAAUAUGGACUUUUUAGUCAGUUGAAGUAGUUUGCUCUCCCCUGAUUAAGACCUGGGCUAAAUAAGGAUAUUUAAAAUAUUUCACAACUGUAACCAACUGCCAAAAGAAACUAAGUUUGUCUGGGAUACAAAUGAAAACUGAGUCAGCAACCAUUAAAAUCUGGAUGGAUCUAUGGAGAGCUGUUUAUGCUAUAGUUGUAUGUAAACCAGCUGAUAAUGUGUCACCCAUAGGGAUCUAUAGGGAAGUCCUCACACUGCAGUAAUUGGGUGAUUAGGGUAGAAAAAAAGUCAAAAAACAUACUUCUAAUGUUGCAAAAUAUUAUGAUAUAAAUUCUAAACACUGAUUCAAUAAAAAAAAAAAUUCAAUUAUGAAUGGAAAAUGAUUCAAUAAACAGUUUUUGACACUG